UUUAAUACCUAUCAAGAAAAAAAUAUUUUUCAACUCCUUUGUCUCUCUCUCCCUCUCUCUCUUCUUAUAAAUUGAUUGGAAUCUUAAUCAGUUCGUCAUUAGUGUUAAAUCAACUUUUUUCAAUAGAUAAGUGGUGGUUGAGUCACUCAUUACCCUUUUUAUCUUUCCUCUCUUACUUUCCUUCUUUUGAAGAUUACAGGUGUUUGGUUUUCAAUCUAAUUUUCAUGCUAUAGUACCUUUUCGAUCAAGUAAAUCUUGAAAAAGUGAAUUUUAAUGGGGUCUGAAGGGCCUCCAGCUGUAACAGUCCAUGUGACUGGAUUCAAGAAAUUCCAUGGAGUUGCUGAGAAUCCAACUGAGGCAAUUGUUGGUAAUAUAAAAGAGUACAUGAAGAAGAAGGGCAUGCCAAAAGGCGUGAUUCUGGGGAGUUGCAGUGUUCUUGAGACUGCAGGACAAGGAGCGGUUGCUCCACUUUACCAAAUAUUUCAAUCUUCCAUAAACUCGAAGGAUUCUGAAUCCUCAAGUCCUGGAAGAGUCAUUUGGCUACACUUUGGGGUCAAUAGCGGGGCAACAAGAUUUGCCAUUGAGCAUCAAGCUGUCAAUGAAGCUACUUUUCGCUGUCCAGAUGAGUUGGGAUGGAAGCCACAGAAAGUACCCAUCAUUCCUUCAGAUGGUGGAAUUUCACGAGUUCGAGAGACCACUCUUCCUGUUGAGGAGCUCACAAAGAUCUUGAAAAAGAAAGGCUAUGAGGUGAUGACAUCUGAUGAUGCAGGCCGAUUUGUAUGCAAUUAUGUUUACUACCAUUCACUUCGGUUCGCAGAGCAAAAUGGGACAAAGUCUCUCUUUGUGCAUGUACCUCUGUUCUUGACCAUAGAUGAGGAGACGCAAAUGCAAUUUGCUGCUUCCUUGUUGGAGGUACUUGCUUCUUUGUAUUAGUAAUAUCUUUUAGCAUCCAUCUUGCUCUUAAUCUCCACAAGCAUUUAAGCUUGUACAGUAAUGGAUGACUAUUGUUAAGAUGGAUGCUUGUAUCGAAAUGUUCUAAUAAACGAAUGGGUGUAUGGUGAAUGAAAAAAAGUGUGCUAAUUGGUUGCUCAAAGACUUCUCAUGUACUUUCUUCGACCUUUCCCAAAAGGUUUGGCAACUGACUGAAAGGUUCUUGAAUACCAGUUUACUAUGUGAAUGAAUAAGAUUUCAGUUCGCUAUUAUCUUUA